AUGGACCGCUUCCGACUGGAUGGCGUGGACCAGGAUGGAGUCGAUACUGUAGAGCCCAUGCGUCCAAGUUCCUUCGACAUGACCUUCUCACUAGGCAGUUACCCACGUAUGCAGAGACUCAGUCGGGACAGCGAUCCACACCACAGCACGAAUCAAGACAAGCACGAAGACGUGAGCAAUGACAAUACAAAGAACGACGACAGUGGAAAGAGACUAGAUAGGGGACAAAAAGGAAGACUUCAUGUGGAGGAGCUCAUGGACACUUCAUGCUCACAAAAGCUCGACAGCAGCUGCUUGGGAUCGUCGUCUAUGAAUCACAAGAGACACGAGACGACAAACUCACCUGCUUCUUCGUCUGUGCAUAAGAAUGCGGCUAACAUUGCCUCGAGACUGGAAGAAAAGGCCCAUGAGGCCAUCGAUGUUGCCAAUUUGUGCGGCAAAGUAACGUGGAAAUUGAAUAAACGUACACAGGACGUACAUAUCUACAGACCAGCAACGCUUCCGUCGGAAGAAGAUGCUUCUACGAAACUUUACUUUCGAGUGUCGUGUGAAGUCAAGGCGCAUCUUGGGACGAUUAUGGAAUAUCUGACACCUAGCAACUCGAAAGGUUACUUUGAUAUUGAGUCACAGGUUUUUCCAGGACUGCUACAUGCCGCAGUUAUCAAACGCAUGGAGCUACCGGAACGCGCCACAUCGUCCAUGGCAAGCUCCGGACAGCCACCGCAAUUUCCGUCUGGUGCUUCGGCGACUACGAAUACGAGUGGAAGUCAUGACGACACGUCCAGUGUGGGCGAAGAAUUGGGUGAAUCGUUUCCACACUUGCAAGUCAAGUGGCAUGCAAGUCGCUUCGCUGGACGAUUCGUCAAGCCGGUGGAUUUUUUCUUUGUCGAGUACGCAAAUAUUGAAACUAUGGCUGACGGAAGGAAACGUGGUUACGGCUACAUUCGGUCGGUAGAGUCUUUCAAAGGUGAUGAGCUGGCGAUUCGACUUGCAGGUGAAGACGUGGCCAUUCCUCCCAGUGUUGCUAAGUGUAAGCGCGCUGUGAUCAACAAAGGUGUCUACCUGGUUUCACCCUCGGCUGAUGCUUCAGGUACAUACGAAGUGACGUGUAUGAUGGUAAUCGAUUUUCAAAAGCAGUUUGCAACCUCUGUGGGGGCCAAGAUCAUCCAAAACUUCACGGAGCGGCUCAUUGGUAUCCGCGAGCUACUGUUUAACACGCUUUUCCGCCCCAUUGCGGUGCUGCCGAAAACGCAGUGGAAACCUGCACGCAGCAAUAAGUGUGCGAUUUGUGUGUGCUCCUUCUCCAUAGUGAAAUCCAAACACCACUGUCGAGCCUGCGGUGAAGCUGUUUGCGGACAGUGCAGCCGAAAAUGGACUUUGCAGCCUGGAGCCCAAGCUGAGACCCAGGCGCGAUUAUGCACGAGCUGUUCAUUGCAGGCACGAAGUUGCCUUAUGUUAAAUGGAGAAUCCAGCCGAUCACCAGCAGGGGCUUCCUUGCGUUUUUCGUCGGUGAUUAACGAUUUUACCGCAAGUCAGCUCGGUGGAAGUCGCUCUAACGCGCUUCGCGUAGAUAAUGUCGACAAGUGUGACGUACAAGUUGCAAGUACUGUAUCCAACGAUCCGGAUACUUUUACAGCCGCCACAUCAGCGUUUGCAAAACUCAUGAGUGCAUUGGGUGAUCAGAAGCCUCAUUUUAUGUUAGUGUCGUAUUCGUACGACCACAGUGGUGCCGCAGUGUAUGAUGCGCUAUCCCAGUCCGCUCCAGAUACUCUAUUUAUGGGCGGCACAUCCAGCGGUGGCGUAUAUGCGUGCACUUCUUCACUUGGGACGGGCUUAAGCAAAAGCAGUAGUAAUUCGCAACACCGACAGCACAGCAACACGGAGGCUCAAAACGUGGGACUGUGGGGAAUUUAUGACCCGGAAGGGUCGUAUGCAAUCUUGAAUGCCGAUCUGGAUCUUGAAAGUCCACGUGAUGCAGCAAGGAGAUGCCUUCUAGACGGCAUGAGAAUGCUUGCAAUGGAACCUGAGGAGAGCCCGGAUUUUGUAUGGACUGUACUAGGAGGUAGAGAUGACGAUUGUGAUGAUGACGACCAACGGGAUGGAGAAGAAGAACAAGUAACACGAGCGGUGAAUGAGAUCGUGGAUUGCUCCUACACAGUAGUUGGCGGCAGCUCAUCCCGAUGCAACAGCGGUGGAAGGGUUACUCAGUUGUGCUCGGAAGGAGGUAACGUAGGGUGCGUGACGAAGCACGGCGCGAGUUUUGCAAUCUGCUGUCCCAGUGUCGAGGUUGCUCACGCGUUAUUCACGUGCUACGACGCAACAGAAAAGUCUUUUGUUGUGACAAAGGCAAGUGGCCGCGACUUGAUUGCCCUCGAUCACAAACCUGCACUGGAAGCUAUUAACGAGGCGACGGACGGCAUCUUGACGGAGAUGAUACAACGACCAGAGAAAUAUAAUCUGGAAUCGAAUUUGCUCCCUGCUUACUAUCCUAUUGCACGCGAGCGACGUGGUGCAGUACCUCGUGGCCUCAAGCGGAACAGUUCACGGUAUCAGAUGUUACAACCAGAGACAUCAGCGCGGGAUCUGUCGCUACACUUGGGCGCUGAGGUGCGCGUUGGUGAGCGGCUGCAUAUGAUGGCUCUGUCACCACGAGGCGUGGCUUCGAAAGCACGCCGUGGGCUACGUGAUGCUGUUCGGAUAUCCAUCCCAACAAUAGACCUCCACGAUGUGAUAGGGUGUUUCUUGAGCGUUGGCUUAAGCUAUGGCCGCGUGAUGCAGGGUGGUCUGAAAGCGGUGGCUGACGCAGCGGGCAGUGCCUUUCCUCAAGGAGCUUCGCUUUUGUCAGUCUCGCACGGACAACAGGGCGUCAUGGCUGGUGGUAACGAGGCUGUUCAUGCUAACAGCAUGCUAACAGCUUUGAUUGUUACCAACCGCAAAAAGUCACUGAAUUCAAACACGCUCAGACCGCUCAAUGUCCGAAGGGCAGCUUCCUAA